AUGAUGGCUGCUUCGCUUGACCUCCACUCGCUGGAGCAAUACUGCGAAACGCUCUACAACCCUUCGAGCCAGGCCAGUCGCAUCCAAGUCGAGUCGCUCCUCAAUUAUCACUUUCCCACCUUCUCCCUCGCCACCGCCUCUUCGACUACAUCUUCAGCAGCAACGGCUGCACAGGCACAGACUGAAGACCUCAAGGGACACAGUCCCUCUAUCAAUACCCCUAUCGAGUCUGCCUUGUUCUGUCGGAGCUUGCUCGAGAACACCCAAAACCCAUACGCCCUCAUGCAAGUAGUUUUCACAUUUUCACAUUUUUUUGUUUGGACAACUCUGAUUCUUAUUGUGUUUGCGACUUCACGGCUAAAGAAUCUCGUCGAGGACCACUUCACUACGUUCACUACUCCUGAGCAACUUGGUCUUCGUACAUUUGUUCUCCGAUACAUCUACCAAAACCCGGAUUCUCAGCCAUUCAUCAUCACAGCACAGGCGCAACUCUUUGCAAUCAUCACAAAACUCGGCUGGCUCGAGAAUGAAGAGUUUCGCGCCUUGCUCGACCAAAUCCAGGUGUUUUUCCAGCCUGGAAAUCCCAUUGCCUAUCGUAUCAUUGGAACACGAAUUUUGACUGCCGUUGCCACCGAAAUGAACUUGCCCAGCGCUCGACAUGCCACAAAGUAUCGCAAAAUUGCUGUUAGCUUCAGAGAUGCGCAGCUUCUUCCCGUUUUCCAGUUUGCAUUAUCAACAUUGAAGUCAUUGCUCCAAGCAUCAGAUGCCGAGUCAGAGAAGCUGAGAGAGUCGAUUUUGCAAUUGAUGAAGAUUUGUCUUGGAUUCGAUUUCAUUGGAACGCUACCGGAUGAGUCGUCGGACGAUGUGGGUAGUAUCCAGGCUAUGACUACAUGGAGGAUUGUCCUUGAGGAACCUGAAUACCUGGAUGUCCUCUGGGAGUGCUGGAAAAAAUUUUCAGGAGCGACUUCUGUUCUCGCCAUGGAAUCUCUCUCACAGGCUGCUUCGAUCCGCCGAUCAUUGUUCUCGAGCGAUGAGACAAGGAACACCUACAUUCACCACAUCAUGCGGGAGACUGCCUUGACGAUCAAGUCACAGGCUGGACAGGCCAAGCUUCAAGAUGUCGGCAACUUUCACGAAUUCUGUAGGAUGCUCUCCAAGUUCAGGAGCACCUUCCAGCUGAGCGAGAUUUGUGAGUACAAGGAAUUCGAGCAGUGGAUCUCCUUGAUCGGAGAGUUUUCUUCUAGAGGGCUUCAUUCUUGGAAGUGGUCACCCAACAGUAUUCCCUACCUGUUGAUCUUCUGGAGCAAGAUGGUAUCGUCCAUUAGUUCCGCAAAGCAGGCAACACAGGAUUACAUUCAAGGCAUCACCGUCGAUCUCUCUCGUGCGUAUCUCAAGAGUCGACUGGAAUGUGCUCAAGCGGCACUUGAUGGCGAAGUCGAUGACCCCUUGGAGUCAGAAGAGGAACUGGUCACAACUUUAGAGAUGUAUGCUACCUUGUCCCGGUCCAAGUAUGUUGAUUCUGGACGGUUCGUUUUGGCCGAGUUCAAGGAUAUCUUCAAGAAAUAUCGCGAGGUGAUUCAGAGAGCGUCCCUUGGCUCCCCCUCGCUGAGUGGCAACAAUAUCAAGGAGCAACUCACGGUUGUGGAGAUGCAGUUGACAUGGAUGGUGUACAUGAUUUCGGCACUCAUUGGCGGAAGAAUUUCGUACCAAAGCACAGGAGAGCAGGACCAAAUGGACGCAGAGUUGUCAAGCGAGGUCCUUGGCUUUAUCCAGCAGGCGCAGAUAUGGACAACUCAGAGGCCACUCUACCUCGCCUCUCCUGACGCCCAUCUCUAUGUACAGUCAGCCAUCCUCUUCUUCUACACUCAGUUCCGGAGCUCUUAUAUCGGCGAAGAGUCGUCAAAGUCUGUCAAGGUCUACACAUUGUUGACUGAGCGAUGGGGUUUGACGGGACCCAACCAGGUGUUGGAUGUCAUCAUGAACUCGUCCCUCGGCAACUUGCGCUCAAGCGGCGAUCCCGAGUGGAGAAAGCAGGAGGAUCAACUAGUCGUCCGCACGCUUCGCCUGUACACUCAGCUGUCAUCAGGGUACAGUUCCGUGAAGCACAUCCGUAAAUUGGAUACGACCAAGGCGCUCCUGAAAAACCAUAACCCAAGCGACUUUAGGUUCCUGGAUCCCUCCAAGAAGAGCUCGGAUACAUCGGUCGCGCGCUGUCGCGUGAACUAUUAUACCAUGUUGUCACGCGUACUCUUUGCUGAGGAUAAUGUGGAUGCCGACUUUUGGCGGUUUGUCAGGCCCUGGGAACUCACGCUGGACCAAGUCACGCUGGUGUUCGAAGGAAGCACCGACCUCACCGAGGAACAAAUCCGCUUGAUUUUGCUAGGCAUUUUCAAGGACCUGAGAGGUUUCGUUUCAAGCAUCACCAAUCGCAAGCAGUACACUCUCUUCUUUGAUUGGUUUUACCCUGCCUAUAUCCCUAUCGUGGUGCGUGCCAUCGAGAUCUGGCCGCAUGAUGAGCUCGGAAUUGCCAUCCUUCGCUUCUGGCAUGAGUUUGUGAGCAACAAGAGCAGCCGUGUCACCUUUGACAGCAGCAGCCCUAACGGCAUUCUCUUGUUCCGCGAGACAAGCAAUAUCCUCUAUACCUACGGCCAGAACCUCCUCAAUCGCCCUUUGUCCAAUUCAAGCGCCCGAUGGACCGAAAAGUACAAGGGCAUCAUGCUUUACUUCAACGUCCUGUCGGCGUCAUUAUCAGGAAAAUAUGUCAACUUUGGAGUAUUCAAGCUUUACGGUGACAAGGCGUUGGAACAAGUCUUGGAUGUCUUUUUCUCUCUCAUGCUUGCCAUCCCUGUCGAGGACAUCAUUGCUUUUCCCAAGCUGGCGAACGCGUACUUUAGCGUGAUUGAUGUGUUUGCAAGUGACCAUAUGACUGGCCUGCCGAUGAUGCCUCACCCAGUGUUGGCGUACAUCUUCCAGGCUUUGGGCGAGAUCAUCCCCCCUCAGAACCCAGACACGAUCUGCAGUACCAUGGCCUGCUCUGCAAUGGACAAGAUCUGCACAUUCGUGCUGAACUGGAUUCUCAAGGACAAGGUGCGCAAGGAAGAGGGACUCGAGGCCCUGCAAGCCGCUGGUGGAUCACCUGACCUUACCGGCCGCACCUUGUUGACCACUGCUGGCAGUGGUAACAACAGCCAACGAAGCAGUGUCGAGCUCACGCGGGGAGCCCUUAAUUCAAACGGACGGCCGGUGUCGAAGCAUCGUCAGCAACAGCAGCAAAAGCAGCAGGAGACACAUUGGUUGGUCGAGUACCUGAUGGCGAAUAAGGAUAUCCUGAGCUAUCUGUUCUUGGCUCUCUUCCAUGCAGUGGCGUUUGAGAACCGAAGCAACUACUGGAGCUUGAGCCGGCCUCUUUUGGGAUUGAUUCUGCUGAACCGCGACUUUUAUAACGAGUACACCAAUGGGUUCAUCCAGAGCCAGCUGCCCGACCGACAGGAACAUGUCCAGAAAGCCGUCAAUGCGCUCAUGGAGGGUAUCGAAUGCAACACAACGACUUUGAACAGGGACCGCUUCACGCAGAACAUCACCAACUUCCGACGUGAAUGUACCCAAAUGACCCUCAUGGCAUCCAACGGAAUCUCUGACGAUAGUGGAAUGCUGUAA